UAAGCGGUGGAUGAAGUUAGACGGUUUUCUGAAGUCUGAAAAGCAAGAACAAACGGUGUAAAUCAUUAUGGCAUAUUUUCGAAUAGUUACUAUAGCCAUUCUGGCAAUAGUGCCCCUUAUAAAUUCAGAAAUAUAUGUAGAAGAAAAGUUUGAAAAUGCUAACUGGGAAGAAAAAUGGAUCUACAGUAAACAUCCUGGAAAAGAAUUUGGAAAAUUUGUUUUGACUGCUGGUACUUUUUACAACGACGCUGAAGCCGACAAAGGCAUACAAACAUCUCAGGAUGCACGCUUUUAUGCUGUGUCAAAAAAAUUUAAAGGAUUUUCCAAUGAGGGCAAGCCAUUGGUUUUACAGUUUUCUGUAAAACAUGAACAGAAUAUUGAUUGCGGAGGUGGCUAUGUCAAAGUUUUUGAUUGCUCUUUGGAUCAGACCGAUAUGCACGGUGAAUCUCCGUAUGAAAUUAUGUUUGGUCCAGACAUUUGCGGACCCGGUACAAAAAAGGUGCACGUUAUCUUUAGUUACAAGGGAAAAAAUCAUCUCAUCAAUAAGGACAUCAGAUGCAAGGAUGACGUGUAUACGCAUUUCUACACGCUUAUUGUAAAGCCUGAUAAUACUUACGAAGUAUUAAUAGACAACGAGAAGAUAGAAUCUGGAAAUUUGGAGGAUGACUGGGAUUUCUUGCCUCCCAAAAAAAUUAAGGAUCCAAGCGCUAAAAAACCCGAAGAUUGGGAUGACAAGGCUACCAUACCCGAUCCUGAUGACAAAAAACCAGAAGAUUGGGACAAGCCUGAGCACAUUCCAGAUCCCGAUGCUACUAAGCCUGAAGAUUGGGAUGACGAAAUGGAUGGUGAAUGGGAGCCUCCAAUGGUUGAUAACCCCGAGUAUAAAGGAGAAUGGCAACCCAAGCAAUUGGAUAAUCCAAACUACAAAGGCACUUGGGAGCAUCCAGAAAUUGAUAAUCCAGAUUAUGUUUCUGAUGAUAAAAUUUACCUACGAAAAGAAAUAUGCGUAUUAGGAUUUGAUCUGUGGCAAGUGAAAUCCGGAACGAUAUUCGACAAUGUUCUCAUAACGGAUGACAUUGAGCUAGCAUCUAAAACGGCGGCAGAAGUGAAAAACACACAAGCAGGCGAAAAAAAAAUGAAGGAGGCCCAAGAUGAGGCACAGAGGAAAAAGGAUGAAGAAGAAGCUAAAAAGAGUUCUGACAAAGAGGAGGAUGAUGAUGAGGAGGAAGAAGAUAAAGACGAACCUAGGCCGGAUUCAGAACAAAGUGAACAUGAUGAAUUGUAAUGUAAAGGACAUAUGUGAAGUAUUUUGUUUGUAUUUCAGCAAAUCCUAUUUAAUUUUUUGUCAAGACUUAAAAUAUAAUUUAUAUACACAAAAUUA